ACAUCAUAAUUAACAAUUCCCUCUGUAUUCCACUUUGGCUCUAGGGGGUGGGUAGUCUAUGCACUCCUGCAGAGAAAUACCAAUUGUCUCUUUUUCAACAUAGAAGGGUUGAACAUCUUCUAGAGCUUAAGAACACAUCUCAAAGGAGUAAGGGGCCUUUGCAUUGAGUUGCCCAUGUCCAGAAUGCAAAAAUUGAGGCAUAAGGGUAUGAAACAAUUUUUUCAGGGUCAGGAAUUGAACUCAGGAAAUUUUCACUGAGCUAUGAAUGAUAUUGAGCUAUCUAGCUAUGCAAAAAGGAGAUAAACAAAAGCAUCCCUUUUUAUUCCUAUUUGAUAGAUGUUCCCUGGGUAUCUCUCAUGUUGCUUCUGCAUAGGUAAGGCACAAAUGUAAAUCCUUUCCUGCUAGUUUCUUUUCAGAUAUAAAAAGCUGUUGCAGGUGCCUUAGCCUAGUUUUGAGAGAAGUAGUCUUAACUACCUGAAAAGUUUAGGGAACACCUUUAGCUUACUACCAGAAAGAUCCAGGUAGAUAAGGAAGUGGAGUUUUCUGUGGCUGGGGAGCCAGUGCCCACCGAGGAAACCGUGGGUGUCUUGGCCAUGACCCCUCAGUUGUUGUCAGUUUGCAUAGGCCCCACACAACCAGAAAUCAUUCUCCAGAAAGGAAUCCAGCUGCCUGUCUGGUUAGCACUCCACUGACUGCCUUGCCCACUGGUUUUAAUGGGGAUUCACCAACUGGAUGCUGAGGAAAUCUGUCCUCUGUUUUUAGGAGUGACAGCUAUUGUGAACACUGACUGUCAAAGUUCUAAAGGGAUAGUUAAAACCUGAGUAAGAUCAUUUCCUAGUGCUCUAUAUUUUUACAACAAAGUUUUAAAGUCCACAACUUGAAAAGUUGGAAAGCCCCUUUAUUCUAAAUGUGUUUAGGUCCCAUAUGUGUGCUGCUUUUGGGGAUAGCUUCUUCCACUGUCACAUGGAAGCCAGUUCUCACCACUGUGUCUCAGGUUUAAUCUCUAAAGAGAUUUACCCCAAACACAGCCAGGACAUGACUCUCACGUGUGGACUCCUGGAUGGGCAGUAUUCUGAUGUCUCAUCUAACCCAGAGAUAGGGUGUGUGUCCAUCAUCUAAGAUGACUUCCCUAUCUUCAGCAUUAGCAAACAUGCAUUUUCUAUGGGCUUCACUUAGCAGGAAAAGGUUGGAAUAAUCUAGACUUUUUUCCUAAUUUUAUAUGCCUCUAUAAGGAGAAUACAAACUGGGAAAAGAGUAGCGUUAAAGUGACAGAAAGGACACUGAAGCAGAACAGACUUGACAUUUCCUCUAGAGUACAGAGGAGGAUCAGAGCCAGUCUGCCUAGUGAAACCUGUCCUGCACGUCUUGAAGAAUAGCCACCAGCCUAGUGCUUUUUAAAUGGUGGAAGGAAUUCCACAUAUUACUGUAGGCAUGUAUGCUUUUUAAGUCUGAAUUAGAUUUUAUUGAAGAGAACCAUUUUACAGAAGUUCACAUUAAAGUCUGUGAGGGGUGUCCUAUUAUUAUUAUCUCUAGUGCUAUUGUAUAAAUACAGUCGAGCAAGGGGUACCAGUAACUUUAGCAAUUAUUUUAAAUUCAACCGAUAAAAAAAUAAUAAAAAUGUACUGUUAAAGAAAUAUCAUAACUAUAACCUUUCCACGUUUUAACUUACAUUUAGCAUUUUAACAAAACUAUAAGAGACAAAGCAAUUAUAAACAAUGAAACAGAAAACAAAAUUUGAAGCAUAAAAAUUUGUUACCUCAAUCAGUCCCAGUCCAGAAGCUAUGAAACAAAAUCAACCUCUUACCUCCAGCCAAUGAUCUUGGUGGGACCUCCAAAUGACAUAGGGGAAUGAACCUCUGAACCUACUAAGUCUGGUACAAAUUUGUGUUCUCUAAAAUCAAAGAAUGAAUUUUAGGAACAAAGGAGCAUAAGAGCACAAUAUAUGUAUUGAGAGUAAGAAAGCCUCUGUCUGAGAGAGAGAGAGAGAGAAGCGGUCCAGAGCAAGUUGUCAAGCACUCUGUCUUUUCUAGGGACUUUUAUAGAGUAAAAUCAUCAGUUCAAUGCAGGGAAAACUGGGAACUCACAAGGCAGCUAGGCAUAAGGUGGGACAGAAGUGUGGUUAGCCAAUAAGAACAAUUGCUUGGGUAAAAUUGAUUAAUUAGGGACAAAUGGGAAAGUCAGUCAUGUAGAAAGCAGUCAUUCUCAGGGAGCAGUGACCCUGCCCUAGGGGGUUUGAAUGGUGACUCCUGACUUCCUCGGGGUGACAGGGAACUACUUAGAAUGGCAGUCCUUAGGAUGUGGAUGUACUUGUUUGAUGUUUUGGACUGAGGCCUGGCCCACAGCAGGAAGUGUCUGUCUCAUCCCUAUGGGCAAGGUAUCUGAGUUUCCGCACUGGCUCCUUCUAGGACCCAGCCAUGUCUCACUGCCUAUAGAAUUUCUAACUAACUCAGCUACCUGCAGCAAAAGCACAAAGAUAGAAUAACAGGGUAGACCUGAUUCAAAACAUCCAGCAGCACUGAAUAUAAAGGGCUGGGGGUGGGAGCCUAGUUGUGUGCACUUGCUAGCAUGUAAGAUGCCUUGGGUUCAGUGCUCAAUAUAGCAAAAAUAACACACCACUGUCACCAAAAGGCCCAGAAGGAUUUGGAAGACUGCAGGCAUGUCUCAGGAAAACAUGAAAGUCUGAGACUGCUUCCUAGUACAGGAAAUUUCUGUCAUUUUUCCUCAAGUCCCAUUCUUGGCCCUGAACCCUCAUUUGAAGUUAAACAGGUAGAAUUGAGGCCUCUCAGGUACUUUCAUAUUUGUGGACCUGAGGGAGGAGCUAGAGUUCCUCUCAAGGACAGAGAAGUCAGGCUGCUUAAACACAGGUCCUUUUGGAGCUCCCCUCACACAAGAUUUCCAGGAUCAAUGUGCCUACAGCCCUGAAGUCAAUUGUGCUACAGCUUUGAACACUCUUCUGCCUUCUCAGUAUGGUCUGUACCUAGGGGUCAGCACCUCCCCACAACUGAAGUAGAAUAUUUUACCAAAGAACCUUUCUGCAAAUCCAUUGUACAAAACCUUUAGGGAUUGAUUUUCCAAAGUAAUUUCUUUAAGAAAAUUAUCAUCACUUACUACUUUUAGGAUGUUUAGAAAGGAAAGGACAAAAACAGUUUCAUGCCAGUGUAACUGUAGCAGUAAAACUGAGUCUGCAGUAGCCAGGAGCUCAGGAGAAGAAAGGAAAUUUUACUGACUGCUGGCAGUCCCCAGAGGAGUAAUCUCCACAGUCGAAGGCACUGAUUAUGAAGAGUUUGUCCUUUUUAUAGUGUGGCAAGCAGGAGUUGCAAAAAAAGCUAGGUAAGUAUAACUGUAGGCCAUAGUACAAUGCAUAUCCUGGGGUGACCACAGUUUUUAUGUGACAUAGUUGUUUUUAGCACAUUUACAGAAGUUUCAAUUGGAUGACAAGUCAUGUGACUUAGCUGAGUUCAGGGGCAGAGAACAGACUGGCUGCAGUGAGAUCAGGACUUCUUCAGCACUUAAACUUGGGGAGUCUUGAUUAAGAAAUUGGGGAGUGUUUGUUUUAAAAAGUGGAGAAUCUGGUUGCUUUCUGGGAAAGGAUCUCAACUUUUCCCACAGAAUGACUUCAGUGUAAUUUAAACAAAACCAAAGAUGCUUCAAACUUUAAACAAUCUAGUUUCCCACAAAAUUUGAGAAAAGGAAGUCAGUAGAGUUUAGAAAUCAGAUUUUUAAAAAACCAUUAUUAUGUGCCCCACCUAAUGCAAGGGAGGAGAGGUAAGAAGAUGAAUCGAGUCUCUUCUUGAGUUUCCCAUGCCUAGGUUGUGUCAGGUAAAAGACAAGUAGUACAUGGAUGAAGAACAACUGUGAAUGGAGUCAGUUUAUAAUAGUGUUUCAAGAAAACUAUUUAACAGGAGGAUUUUAACAUUAUAAGAGUCUUCCCAUGUGUGCUGUGAAAAAGGGCACUGUCACAUGUAGAUGGUAGUGUUGAGGCAUGGAAGGGUAGGGAGAGUUCUCACAUGUUAAUGUAAAGAACUGACUCAAAUCCUUUCUCUCAGAUCCAAUUGCUCACCUCCAAAACCCCUCCUGCAAGCACGAUGCAUCAUCACAAUGUAUAUGCAGCCCCAGCCUAACAGAGGGAAAUGAAUCAUCAAACAUGGCACUGGAUGGAGAAUAGAGCAAAUGACAACACUGUGGAAUAAACCACCAUAUUGUGUAUUCUCCUGUCUGCUGCCCUAACUAGUCCCCAUUCUGGAGGUCAGCUGGAUUCCUUAGAACCUGUAUACCUAAAGGAGGAAGGAGUUCUCCUGGAUUGUGGCUUGGAGAAAGAAAAGGUUAGGUUGCUGGACUGGGUUACUAUUUCUGAGUGUACAGAGGCCCAGCCCUGUGACCUCCAUGGGAAGCUCUGUCCUACCCCAACCCAAAGGGCUGCUGAAAACACAGGGCUACCCAGGUCUGAGGCCCAAAUCCUACCUUGAUAUGGGGAGUAGCCCUGCAGGGCCCUGCUGUUACCUCUGCUGGAAGCAGGGACUUGGGCAUUGUUGUGCCCCAAAAAUGAGACCCCGAGCUCUUGUCCAAAAAAAAUGGGGCAAAGUGUCUUUUACAAAGAAAAAGCGCUUUAUUUCAGCUGGCACCAAUGACACAGUGCAGCUGGAGUUUGCAAAGCUGUGUAACUGGGUUAAAAUUUUGACAGACUUUUAUAGAAAAUAAACCGCAAAGUAAAUAAUGAUGGGAGGAGAGCAGGAAUGCGGAAGGCCUUUGUUCCCCUUUGCCUGAGGUCAGAGACAUUUCACAGUUGGUGGUUAACCCGUUCCUUCCUUACGGGAAUUUACAGCCCUUGGUCUACUAAUUCCAGGAACAUUUGUGUCUCACAAAGGGAACAAAGGUUGAUACAUCAAACAGGUUACUCGAGUGACAACGCAUACAGAACAGUAUGGUGGCGUUUCAGUUAAUUUAUAACAAUGUGGUCAGUGCUCCAGCGUGGCUGGCUGCAGAAAACAGCUGUGUUUGCAAAGGGAGUUACUAGGGUGACAAGCAUAGCACAGGAUGGAAAAGCUCUUUUUGCUAGUGCACAACAGGCAUGGUCACUGUAGCCAGACUUCUUGGGGCCAUGGUAAGCCCCUCUGAGCCAGAACCUACCUGCUUCUUAAACAAUGAUGUCACAAGUGGUGGGGUAGGGCACAAUGUACAUGGUUGCCAAGGCACUGGCAGCAAGUGGCCAGCAGAAACAUUUCAGCAAGUGUUUUUGCUGGAAGCAACUGGCCUAGGUCUUGUUGACCAAGCCUUAUUGUAUGAUGUUUAUAUUGCGCUUUGGGGCACCAAGGUUCAUGUUUUGGCCACAGUUGUGGCUACUUGUCCUGGUAGCCCCACAUCCCGAGUGGGCUCAAUUCCCAGCCCAGAUGGAAGCUGAGCUCUUUGACCAUAGCUACUUAUCUUUUCCUAACAAGCUCCUUUACUCGUCUCAUCCACUCUACACCUUUGCUACUCGAGCAGAGUCAGGGGAAAUGGAUUACCCAGGAACCUCUGCACCUGAGAAGAUUUUACUUACACCUGAGGAGUCGACUGAAGAGUCACUGCCGGAUCCAGAUAAGUUUGCUGUUCCACAUCAGGGUCUGCAUGACAAGCUGGUUGGGCCACAGAGGCUCCCAGAGGUGGAUUCAAUGGUAGAUGGGCAUGAGAAUGAACACCUAGCUCUGCCUUCUCAAGUCAGAAGAAAGGAGGAGACUUCUGCUUCAGAGCAGGCUGCAGACCACCAGUCACAUGUACUGCGUCUACUACUAGGGAACAAGAGUUCAACACCAUCAAAGUUUGUUUCACUCCUGAAACUGAAGGAUAUAGCUCAGCACUGGCAACUUGCUAAGGAGGUUUUUGGAGCUGCUCAUCAAUCAGAAUAUCCUCAGCAUCAGAAACAAACCUUGCAGGAUGAUACUGUGGAUCUGAGUACGGAUAAAGCUGAUCACAAAAGCCUACACCUGGGAUAUCUGCUGAAGCCAGAUCAACCUACACAGCCCUGUGAGCACAAGGAAUCAUCACAAUACCAGCUGGAGGCCCAGACUAAAAAUCCAGAGGCUCCACAAAUCCAGUCCUCUCUACCUGAGGGAGAAGACCCUUAUCGAGACUCACAGCCUGCUGAACAGGUUGUACCUUCUUUAAUCCUACACCAAGAGAAGCUAUUUAGUGAGGAGGGUUUACAUCGGCUGUCAGAGAAUCCGGAGAUCAAUGUUCCAUCUCUAAGGGGCAGUGCAACUCAUCUCUCACGUUUGACAAAUUCCAUCCUGAGACCUGGGGAGAUACCCAAGGAACCAUCUCCAAUACUGUACUCAGCCUCUGAAAAGACACAAGGGCCAACAGUGAAUGAGCUGCCAGUUCCAAUGCUUGGUCAGUAUUCAACUCAGCAUCCCACAUUAUCACCUGUCACAACCCCACCGCUAGACAUGUGGCUUAGCACAAGUGAUAAACUCACUACAGAGCCUGCACAUUCUGUGGGCCUGCAGGAGGUUACACCUUCUCCUCUGAAGCAUCCUGAGGUGACACUCACACACCACAGGAAGGUGGAGGCUCAACAACCCAAGUUGACUCCUGUCAACAUUCAGGCUUGGAAUGUAGAACAUACGAGAACUUCUCCACCUACUUCAGGGUUUCUCCUUUCACCAACAUUGUCAGAAACCCCAUUCCAGCCUCCAGCACCAUUGCUGGAGGCUUUAGGUCAACGUAGAGAAUCAUCUUACAGAAUAACUCCUACACUGCUGGCUCUAGGUCCAGCUCAGCCUCCAACAUUGCCCACUGUCAUGGUACAAAAACUGGAUACAGGCCCUACCCUAUAUCCUGAACUUACUGCAGAGGCUGAACAUCCCACAGCCGUGCAGGAGGUCACAGUUCCUCCUCACAAGAACCCUGAUGUGGCCCUUGCACAUCCAGACCAGAUGCACACGCAGCAUCCAAGUCUCACUCCCGUGAUAUUUAAACUUUCGGAUGUGGAACGUUCCCUGCCUCCACCACCUGUUGCAGGAAGUCAAUUUCCUUCAACAAGGCCUGAGAGCCCCUCUCAGCCUCCAGAGCCAUUUAUGAAGGCUGGAGAUCAACACAUGGUACCAGCUCAAAUGACAAAUCCAACAGCACCAGGGCAGGAUACAGCUCAGAGUCCAACAUUGCACAGUGCAGUGGUACAACCAAUGGAUAUGGCUCUUAUCAUGAAUGCAAAAGCCAUUAAAAAUGAUGAACAUUCUGUGGGCCCACAGGAGGUCACAGCUUCUCUUCUGAAGCAUCCCGAGGUGACACUUGCACACCCUAGGAAGGUGGAGGCUCCACAACCCAACCUGACUCCUGUCAACAUUCAGGCUUGGAGGGUAGAACAUAGUAGACCUUCUCCACCUACUUCCAAGGUUCUCCAUUCACCACCUUUGCCAGAGAACCCAUCUCAGCCUCCAACACCAUUUAUGGAGGCUUUAGGUCCAGACAGAGUAACACCUCACAGAACAACUGCAGCACCACUGGGUCAGGGUCCAGUUCAGCCUCCAACCUUGCCCAGUGGCACAGUCCAAACAAUGGCUCUUAUGAGAGAAAAAGCCAUUAAAGAGGCUGGACAUUUUGUGGCCCCAGAGGAGGGUACAGUUGCUUCUCUGAAGGAUCGUGAUGUAAGAUUCCCACCUUCAAGGCAGGUAGAGUCUCAGGGACCAACUGUGUUUCCUGCAAUCAUUCAGCCUGUGAAACUGGACCAUCCAAUACCUCCAUCUACUUCAGGGACGCAACUCACACCCAAUUUGCCGGAGAACCCCUCUCAGCCUGCAGAGCCAUCAUUAAAGGGUGUAGAUCAGAACACAAUACCACUUGAAAUGAUAAAUCCCAAACCACCGGGUCAGAUUCCAGCUCAGCCUCACAUGUUGACCAGUGUCAUGGGGCAACCACUGGACAUGGGCCGUAUCCUACAUCCUGAAGUUACAAUGGAGGUGGAACAUUCCACGACCCUGCUAGAGGAUACAGCUCCUCAGAAGAAACCAGAGAUGACCCUUGCACAGCCAGACCAGGUGCAAGCUCGGCAACCAAACCUGACAAGCAGCAUGGUUCAGUUGUUGCAUGUGGAACAUUCCAUAACUCAACCACCUGCUACUGAAACUAAACUUCCUUCAGUGAUGCAGGUGAACCCCUCUCAGCCUCCAGAACCGUCUAUGAAGGCUGUCAAUCAACACGUGGUACCACUUCAAACAAGAAAUCCAACACCACUGGGUCAGGAUACAGCUAAGAGCCCAACAUUCCCCACUGAUGUGGUACACACAAUGUAUAUGAAUCUUAUCAUGACUUCAAAAGGGAUUGCAGAGGCUGAACAUUCUGUGACUCUGCCGGAGAUUGAAGCUUCUCCUCAGCAGCAUCCUGAGGUGACCCUUGCACAUCCAGACCAAGUGCAGGCUCAGCAACCAAACCUGACACCCAUCACGGUUCAACCUUUGGAUGUGGAACAGAACACUAACCAUUAUUCUGCACAAAUGGUGCAGGAUGCCACCAGCACUAGCAACAUAUGUGAGCUCUGCACCUGUGACAAUGACACCCUGUCAUGUACGGGUCUCAGCCCGAAGCAAAGGCUGCGCCAAGUACCUGUCGUAGAGGUCAACUCCUUCACAGUCUUGGAUUUCCAAGGAAACUCUAUUUAUAGUAUACAAAAAGGGGCAUGGAAAACCUACCAUUGGGCUGAGAAACUAAAUCUCAGUGAAAAUUACAUCACCGAACUACAUAAGGAUUCCUUUGAAGGCCUGCUAUCCCUCAGAUAUUUGUAAGUUACUUAAUCAUCAUUAUUUAAGUUAUCUGUAAAGUGAGGAGGCAGUUCUAAU